UUACUUCCAAAAAACGGACAACAAAAAUAUAAACAACUAAAUAAAUUAAAAAUGGAAGAGACCUCACGGAAUCUUCGAUCAGCUACCAACACCCUAAUCGAUCUCGACCCCGAACCCUACCCUUCUCCUCCGAGAUCUCCGACGAUCGCCGGAGAUGGGGAAGAAGAAGGCGGGGUUCCUCUCCCUCCCCGUCCUCGCCGUGCUCGCGCUCAUGGCGUUCGAUUACUACGCCACGGUGUUCGUCUUCUUGGAGGAGUGGCUAGGGCUCAAAACCUCCCCCGGCUCGCUCAACGCCAUCGUCUUCACCUGGUUAGCGUCCAUGUGCUUCGUCUCCUUCUUCGUCGCCACGUGCACCGACCCCGGGGGCGUCCCCUCUUCGUUUGCCCCCGAAACCGAAGAUCCCCAAAAGGGUGAGAAGUCCAGAUUCUGUGAUAAGUGCUGUUUGUAUAAGCCUCCUCGGUCACACCACUGCCGGGUCUGCAAAAGGUGUGUGCUAAAAAUGGAUCAUCAUUGCGUGUGGAUCAGUAAUUGUGUGGGAUAUGCGAAUUAUAAGCCCUUCAUCAUUUUUGUUCUAUAUGCAGCCAUAUCAUCAAUAUAUUCUACGGUGAUAUUUAUGUGCGACAUAAUUCAGAGGGAUCAUGAUUUUUCUGGAUUUUCCAUGAAGCUCUUCUAUGUUUUGUCUGGUUGCAUCAUGGUUUUCCUAAGUGUGACUACCAGCUCUCUGCUUUGUUGGCACCUAUACCUCUUAACCCAUAACUUGACAACCAUAGAGUAUCGAGAGGCAGUGAGAGAAAAAUGGCUUGCGAAGAAAAGUGGUCAGAAUUAUCGCCAUAGUUUUGAUCUUGGUGUAUACAACAAUCUCGUAUUGAUCCUGGGACCAAACAUGUUGAUGUGGCUUUGUCCAAUAGCAGUGGGCCAUUUGAGAGAUGGCACUCAAUUCCCGAUCUCGAAUGAUUGAUCAAUAGUCCAUGUUUUAAUGCAUUGACAAAUUCAUGGCUAACAUCUGAAGUGCGCAAAACACACCCUUUAUCUUGAAUGGGAAAGAGUACAUACUAACUAUGCAGCAGUGUUGAAACAUCACCAGGGCAACUUUGCAACGUUUGAAUAUGGUACCGAGUGUUGGUACCGAAGUUUCACUCGCAGUCGGUCUUUUGCGCCAUUACCGUCAUUCUUUUGUGUAAAGUCCGCACAACCCACUUUUCUUUUUCUUGUGCAUUUUUAUUCUACAGAGUGUGUUGAUGAUCAAUUGUGGUUCUUGGUUGGAAAGUAGAAGCUUCUGAAGUGUAACAUAUUCUUUUGUGUUGGGGGGACUAAUCACUUUCUUUCUGGGGCUACAUUUACUUAUAUUGCACAUUUAAAUUAUCAAUACUCCUAAAGCUACUUAGAAAUUGGAUCUAAUUUUACAGGAAUACAAUUAGACAGUUUGAUUAAUGUUUGUUAAA